GUGAGUUAGAGGCCCCCAGUCAGAAUCUAGGCUAAGAGAGUGAUUUGGCCGGCAGAGUCGAUGGCACUGGGAUCUUUUGCUGGAUUAAUGGUCACCAUGACUCCUCUACUCAUUCUCUGCGUCUGCCUGCCCUUCAUCACGGCGACACCGACCCCGUUUGAAGACCAUGAUGGCCUGGACGGUACGCUGAGCGUCAGCAUCCCAGUGGAGACGGCUCUGCGGCCGCUGCUGGGCGACAAGGUGGUGAUCCCGUGCUACUUCCAGGACACGGCCACCACGGAGCCCGGAGCCGGCCCCACCACGGCGCCGCUCGCACACCGCAUCAAGUGGACCUACGUCACUCCCAAGAAGGUCACCACCAUCCUGGUGGCGUCCGGGGGCAAGGUGGCGGUGGACACGGAGUACCUGGACCGCGUGACCAUGGUCAACUACCCGCUGGUGUCCACCGACGCCACCAUCGAGGUGACGGAGCUGCGGGCCAGCGACUCGGGAACCUACCGCUGCGAGGUGCUGCACGGCCUGGAGGACAACUACGACUCGGUCAGCGUCCAGGUGCAAGGUAUCGUGUUCCACUACCGCGCCAUCUCCACCCGCUACACCCUGACCUUUGAGAAGGCCCAGGCCGCGUGCGUGCAGAACAGCGCCACCAUCGCCACCCCGGCCCAGCUGCAGGCUGCGUUUGACGAUGGGUACCACCAGUGCGAUGCUGGCUGGUUGUCUGACCAGACUGUUCGAUACCCCAUUCAUGAGCCAAGGGCCGGUUGCUACGGAGACAAGGAGGACUUCCCAGGCGUGAGAACGUAUGGCGUGAGAGAAGUCAACGAGACGUACGAUGUGUACUGCUUUGCAGAAAAGAUGUCAGGGAGGGUCUUCUACUCCUUCUCCGUGGAGAAGUUCACCUUCUACGAGGCGGGGGACCAGUGCGGCAAGCUGGGCGCCCGCCUGGCCACCACGGGGGAGCUCUACCUGGCAUGGAAGGGCGGCAUGGACGUGUGCAGCGCCGGCUGGCUGGGAGACCGCAGCGUCCGCUACCCCAUCAACCUGGCCCGGCCCCAGUGUGGGGGGGGCCUGCUGGGGGUCCGGACCGUCUACCUGAACCCCAACCAGACGGGAUACCCAUACCCUGAUACCCGCUACGAUGCCAUCUGCUACAACUCUGAAGGCGGCGGCGGCGGCGGCGGAGUGAAGCCCGCGCUGCUGACCACUCCGCUGCCCGGCGUCAUCCCCAUGACCCCCGGACCGGUGGAGCUCCCCGGCCGCACCGCCCCAUCCCAGGAGGCCCACGGAGAGACGGCCACCCUCUCCCCCCUGCCCAUGCCCGUUACCGUAGCAACGGGAACGGGCGGCCGCGGAGUGCACCUGACUGACGAGGAUGCCCCAAUGGGACCCCAAGGCGUUGUGUUCCACUACCGGGCCAUCACGGGCCGCUACACGCUGACCUUCAUGGAGGCCCAGCUGGCGUGCAAGAGCAUAGGAGCCACGGUGGCCAGCCCCCGGCAGCUCCAGGCCGCCUACCUGAAGGGCCUGCACCACUGUGACGCCGGCUGGCUGCGGGACCAGACCGUCAGGUACCCUAUCGUGUCUCCCAGAGGGAACUGUGCAGGUAACCUGGAACUCCUGCCAGGGGUGAGGUCGUACGGCCUGAGGACUGCCAGCGAACUCUAUGAUGUCUACUGCUAUGUGGACCACCUCCCAGGCAAGGUGUUCUACUCCAGCGACUACGACAGCUUCUCCUACGAGGAGGCUGUGCAGCACUGUGAGAAGCUCAACACCACGCUGGCCACCACCGGCCAGCUCUACGCCGCCUGGAGCCAGGGGCUGGACAAGUGCCGCCCCGGCUGGCUGCUGGACGGCAGCGUCCGCUACCCCAUCUCCAGCCCCAGGGCCCACUGUGGGGGCGGGCAGGCCGGGGUGCACAUCCUCUACGCCUUCCCCAACCAGACGGGCUUCCCCGACCAGCACUCCCGCUACGACGCCUACUGUUUCAGAGCUGAAUUUCCUGGACUUAAGAUGGAAAAUAAAACCAGUUUGGAUAAGAUUUUUGAAGAGGUGGUGGAAGAGCUAAUCAACAUGACAAUCAUCACUGUGGACAAAGCUGCUCCAAAUGUAGUUCAAAUUGAAGAAGGAACCAGUGAGAAGACUUUUGAAGAGACGAUUAACGAGCUCAUCAACAUGACAAUCAUCAACGUUGUCAAAGCUGUGCCAACUGAUGCUGUUUCCGUCACAACUGAGACAAGUGCGAAUAAAACCUUUGUGGUGGAGGAAGUCAUGAACAAGACGGAAAUUACAACUGACCAAAUUGCUCCAACAGCGACCGUGGAUGUCUCUGGCUCUGGAUCAUCUGAGCAGCAGUCAGCCAGUGGUAGCGGCAGUGGGGAUCAGACAGGGGAGUCGGGUGUCUCCAGUGUCAGUGGUAGUGGUAGUGGAAGUGGGGAUCAGACAGGGGUCUCUGGUGUCUCAAGUGCCAGUGGUAGCGGCAGUGGGGAUCACACAGGGGUCUCCGGUGCCUCAAGUGCCAGUGGGGAGGGCUCCGGAUCGGGCUUCCAGAUCCUCUUCAGUGGCAGUGGACACAUGGCCUCGGGAGAAGGAUCUCCAUCUGGCCAACCCCAUGAGGCAAGGGAGGGAAGUGGUGCCAUCACCUAUCCUGGCAGUGGACUGGGAUCUGGUUCGGGACGGGAGACUGGGUCUGGUGCAUCUGGGUCUGGGUCAGGAGAGGGGCCAGAUGGACAGCAGGGAUCCAGGUUCAGUGGCUUUUCUUCAGGAUCUGGUUCGGCAAGUUCUGCGAGUGGAAGUGGGGAAUUCAUCGGUAGCAGUGGCGAGUCCUACAUCAUUAUGGUGGAUGGAAAGUGGGUGGAAAAAACACAUCAGAAACACACAGAGCAGGAGUUUGGCAGAGGGGCAAUUGAUUACAUCCCUGGAUCUGGGGCCAUGUCCGGGUCAGGAUCAAGCUUCGGUUCAGGAAUGAUGUCCGGGUCAGGAUCCUCAUCAGGGUUAGACGGAUCAGGGAUCGGUGGCUCCGGCUCCGGCUCCGUCUCCGGCUCGGGGCUUCCAGACGUGUCGUUUGACCACCAAGGCCUCGUGGACCUCACAGAACAGACCUCCGGGGAGCAGGAGCUGUCGGGCUCUCCCCCCAGCACGCUCCCCUCCGGCGGCUUCCCCUCCGGUGGGUUCUCCUCCGGUUCAUCGGGCAGCGGUCUGGGCUCCGGGACGGCGUCCGGGGAGGGAUCCUUCGGCGAGGGCGACGUGAUCCUCCUGACUGAAGACGGCAUGAUGGAGAUCACCACGCCGCGUCAGCCUGAGCAGGGCCGCGGGGUGGUGGAGUUCAGCGGAGAGGGGAGCGGGUCAGGGAGCGGCGGCGGCUCCGGUAGCGAGGCCGACGGCCACCUGCACUUCUCCGCCAGUGGACUCCCUCACCAGGAGACCGCCACUCCGGGCUUCUCUGUAGAGAUGGCCCCCGGAUCCACAGCGAGCUACCCAGGGAACCAAGAGUCUAGCACGGAUCACACAGAGCAAGGCCAGGAGCUCGAGGAGGAGAGGGAGGCACGCGGAGGUCCAACGGAGGAGGCUUAUGUGACGUAUACCGCACCGUCAGUCCAACUGGCGACCCCUGGUGUGGUGGAGACACCUGCCGUCGUGGAUGCGUUGAUGGGCUGUGCUGAUGGCUGGUUGGAGUUCAUGGGCAGCUGCUAUCUGCACUUUGAGGAGAGACACACCUGGUCCGAGGCAGAGCUGCAGUGUCAGGAGCUCAACGCCCAUCUGGUCAGCAUCACCUCCGCGCUGGAACAACAGUUUGUCAACUCCAACGCCCAGGACUACCAGUGGAUUGGACUGAACGACAGAGACGUACAGAAUGAGUUCCGCUGGACAGAUGGCAGCCCUCUGGCUUUCGAGAACUGGAGGCCGAACCAGCCAGACAGCUACUUCAACUCUAAGGAGGACUGCGUGGUCAUGAUCUGGCACGAGGCCGGCAAGUGGAACGACGUCCCCUGCAAUUACCACCUGCCCUUCACCUGCAAGAGUGGACCAGUCACAUGCCAGGCGCCCCCGGAGGUGGAGCACGCCAGGCCGCUGGGCGGGGACAGCAGAGACCGCUAUCCAGUGGACUCCAUAGUCCGCUACCAGUGUGAGGCGGGAUACACCCAGCGCCACCUGCCUGUCAUACGCUGCAUGGCCGAUGGCCAGUGGGAGGAGCCACAUGUGGAGUGCAUAGAGGCCGCCAGCAACAGGCUACACAAAAGGUCUGUAAGAAGCCGGACAAAAGCAAAUCAACGGUCAUAGAGAGAAAGGCUCUAGAGCAACGCCCAAAAGGACAUACAACUAAGAGCCACAGAAGGACCCCUCUUGAACUUACAGCAGUGCAAUUCUUGAUUGAAAAGCCCCCUCUCAUUCCCUUUGUGUACAUACAACACACAGAAAGCACAUUUAGAACAUGGUAGUCCCAACUGACUGGUGCUCGGGAUCUUGCAAUGUCACUCUGUCUAUUUUCAUAGUGAUUUUAUGUGUUAUUAACUUUAUUUAUAGUUUAUUUAUAGUUGUCUAUACCUAUGUUCGUUUAUUUGAAAAAAAAAAAAUAGAUCUUAUAUUUUCAGCAGUGGGUACUACAUUUCUUUUAAUGAAUGACGUCAUUGGGAAAUCAUUCGUGAAAGUGCCAGAGUGACAUUGAAAAUCCCCCCAAAAAAGCAACAAUUUAAGUAAUAAAAGCACAAUAGAUAUUUUGAACUAGUUUACCUGCAGAAGGAACACGCUGUUCCCUUUUCUUUUAAUAUAGUUUUGGUAUUGUGUUACUUUUAAUUAAGUUUCUUAGUAUUUUAGAUUUGGUUACAUUUCCACAUCUGUGUUUAUAGCAGUAGAUACAGAACCCUUAAAUUUGAUUUAAACUGGAAAUAAUAGAUACACCAACCCAAAAUAUUGAAUCAUUUGCUAGUUAGGUAAUGUCAAAAGAAAAAUGGUUGCAAAAGGACCUGGGUUACCAUUGUAAGCACUCAUGCACUUUUGGGAGUCUUCAGUCACUUCUUUUGUGCUAAGCAUAAUAAAAUCAUUCAGCGCACCUUACUGAUUUAAAGAACACUCAUCCCAGGUCCGCUUCAAUUGUGUUAAAAAAUAAAAAAGCAUAAUGUCGCUGGACAAUUGAACAUACUACAAAUAGUUGCCAUGCUUUGCAACCAAUGGAGUUCUCUGGGGGACUGUAUCGCCCCCUAUUGGAUCCCUGGCAAACACACACAAAGGCACAGCUUGAAGCGUGUUUUCUACAAGGAAAAUGUGUUUGAGAGGAUCCUACUUGACUUUAUAUCUAGGCCUUUUAUAUCACCUGUUAAUCCUUUUAUAGUACAACUCACACAAAACAGCAGGAUCUGUGUUAACUGAGCUGAUUAUACUGAUCAAAUAGUUGGUGCGAUUGACGGAUUAAUUGGCCAAUGCUUGGUUUCUAAACUUUAAUCCAAAAUUAUAUAUUCAGAAGAUAUCAAAACAAUAGAUUAGAGAAGAUAUGCUUAGCAGAAUUGCACGCAAAGCUUUAACUUCUUUUUUAAUAUAAGACCCUUUGAGGAAUUAUAAAACCUGAGAUUUAAAACCAUUUGAAACAUAAAGAACAACAAAAGCUGUGAAAGCAAGACGUGCAGGCUAAUGAGAAACCUGAGUAUAUAAACUGACCAUGACCUCUUUAGGGUCAAGUAGACCCAAAUAUAAGCAGAGACCCGGGUUCACACUCAAGACAUAACAUCUAGUAUUUAGGCCCAAUCCCAUUUCUACCCCUUACCCCUUCCCCUUACCUCUUCAAAACAAGGGGUAGGGGUAUGGGGAAGGGGUAAGGGGUAGAAAUGGGAUUGGGCCUUAGAAACUCUUUUACAGACCGACCUCCAACAGACUCACACAUUGAGAAAACAGGUACACACAGGCAUAGAAAUACACCAAAUACACAACACACAGAAUUACAAGGUAUGCAGGGCUUUAAGCAAGUUGCUUUCCAGUCAUAUGUCUCUGAGAGUUUGAAAGUAAGCAAACAAGAGCGGGAGAGUGACAGUGGUGGCAUCUUUGGGUGAAUGAUGGCAAAGUGUUGAUAUGAUAAGAAACAUCCUCCAUGACAGAUCUGUGAUCUGUCAUGAGUACUUAUGCAGUGAUACACAUGCACACACACACAC